AUGCGACGCAAGGCGGAGAUGAACCUCGACACGGCAGCCACAGCCCUGCCCAGCCCCCGCCCCGCCCCAUCCCGGCCGGGCCCCGACGCCGCGCCGCCGCUGCCGCCGCCGCUGCCCACGGCCGCCCGCCCCCGCCCCGCUCCGGCCUACCGCGUCCGCGCGCUCGCGCGCUCGCCCGCGCCAAGGCCGCGUCGCCUCGCGCCGGCCCACGGCCGCGCGCACCCGCCCGCCGCCGCCCGCCAAGGCCGCGCCGCGCACUCGCCCGGCCACGCACCCCGCGCUGCUCCGCCUAGCCAGCCGAGCACGCCGCCCCCGCACCCGCCCGGCCGCUCGCUAGCCUCACCCGCGCCUCGCAGCGCUCACCUCGUGCCGCAGCCGCCCGGCCGGCCGGCCGGUCGCCCGCGCGCCUCCCAGGCCAAACGCGCACACCAGCCGACGGCGAUGCCCGUAGUCUUGUGCAGAAUCUCGAUUUGGCGCGAUUGGGAGCGUGCAGGAGCUCGAUUUGGCGUGAUUGGGUGCGUGCAGCAGCUCGAUUUGGCGCGAUUUGGCGAAAGCAGUUGCGAUUUUGUGAAAGUUCAGCGCGCCACGAGUGGGGGGUUGACCCUGUAUUCAGCCUCCCACCCUGUACUUGUAAGGGGCGAGGAGCCGCCCCGUAAUCGAAAACAGCAAAAAUCGGUACGGGGUCCGGUUUUACGGGGUCUGCUAGACGGCAGGGUAGAGCCGAAACCCGUAUAA